CGGAAGACAAUACUGGGAGGAUGCAGGGGAAGAUGGCGGCUGCCGUGGCGGGCUCACGUGGACGCGGGGAUGCGGUGGGCGAGGAGGCGGACAGCGAUUCUGAGUUAAGCUCACAACUUCCAGAAGACAGCUACUCUUCAGGAGGUGAAGCCCUGGAUGGUGAUGAUGAAGAUGAAACAGCAGCCCUUGGCAAUGGGGUUGAAGAGGCAACAAGCUCCAAAGCUGGUCCAAGUGCAGGCUGGGCAGAUGCCAUGGCAAAAGUGCUCAACAAAAAGAUUCCACAAAAUAAGUCCACCAUCUUGGCCAAGAAUAAAAAACUGGAGAAGGAGAGAGAAAAGGAAAAACAGGAAAGACUGGAGAAGAGGAUGAAGCUCGAUAAAAAGCGGGAGUGGGAAAUGAUGUGCCGAGUGAAGCCAGAUGUUGUCAAAGACAGAGACAGAGAAAGAAAUCUUCAGAGAACUGCCACAAGAGGUGUUGUACAAUUAUUUAAUGCUGUCAGGACGCACCAAAAGAAUGUUGAUGAGAAGGUGAAGAAAGGUGGGAGCUCUGAGAGGCAGCGUGCUAAACUGCUGUCAUCUGUUUCAAAGAAAGAUUUCAUCAAUGUUUUAAGAAACAUGGAUGGUGCUAAAGGAAGCAAGAAUGCUGCUGGAAAGGCUACAAAAAGUAAACAGGGUGAAGUAAAGUCUGAAGAGGGGCCGGAAUGGAAUAUACUGCGUGAUGACUUCAUGAUGGGAGCAUCUAUGAAAGACUGGGACAAGGAAAGCGAUGGAGAGGGCAAUAUUGAACAAGGAGGUGGUCUGAAACAAGAAGAUGACAGUGACUGAAUGAAACUGAAAACCAUUCAAGAUAACGUGUUAUCUUAACUUUAUUUAGGUAAAACAUCAGCAUUCUGUGAAUGUACAACACUUGGAGGAUAUCUCUUUUUUAAAAAAAAAAAAAAGACUUGCACAAAUUUGGGGUGUUUUCUCCUCCAUGUCAAACUUUUAUUUAAUACAGCUUCAUUUGCUAUACUGAAAUCUUGAAAUAUUUUCCAAAACAUGUAUAAUUUUCAACAUAUUUCCAAAACAUUUUGUACAGUCAAAAUAGUGGCACCUGCCCAAUGAAAGAAAGAUUUUGCCAAGGUCAUUAAAAGUUUAUACAUUAGUCAUGGCAAUUGAUGUAUUAGUGUGCCUGCAUUUCCAAAUCAUUGUUGCACUUUCAAAAGUUGUUAGCAAUUCGCAAUAGAAAUGGCUUACAAUAAACACAAAAAUUCUGUCACCUUGUAAAGUUAUCAGACUCCUAUAGAGUCUUUACUACUUUGGCCGGAAAAGGUUUUGUAGAUAGUAAAGAAAAGCAACCAUUAAUGUGAUAGUUCUGGUCUUGGAGAAUUAGUUUGAUUGGAGACAACUCUGGAAACGUAAUUGUAAACAGAGAGACUUGACCCUACUGAUUGGCUUUUAUAUUUUUUUUAUAUAUAUAUAUAUGUAUGUAUGUAUGUUUUUCCAUUGCAAGUCUGAAGUUGUAUAAGCUCAGCGACUGGUAAGAGAGGAAAGGACAACCGUUGCUAUUGUUUUUGUUGGAGAAGGGAGGGCUUUUCCAGCAGUACUGCAUAAAAUUGUAUUCAGUGUUGGUUCAUUUGUAGUUCUGGUGUUCUGGCAUCUUUCAGUAAGGAGCCGAACCCCCAAGAUACCUCCUGUGGGUUUAGUCAGCUAUGAGGCUAAUUCCUCAGGUCAGUAAAGGGUCAAACAAAAGCCCUUCCUCUUAGGUGCAUACUGUAACAGUACCAGAUUUUGGAAGAUGUCUGUCAGUGUAACACUGUUGGAUUUGUUUAAGCUACAGCGGUUUCUCCUAAUUAAUUGUUUGGUUGCAAAGGUGCAGAAGCAUAUGCAUGCAGAAGGAAGUGCAUUGGGAUUAAGGUGUUCUAAAUGAGAGGCUGGGGUUGAAUUCUGCUGCCUUCACUGUUCCAGACUGGCUGUCUGAUUCUGCGUCGUUUGUUUAACUUCACUAUCACAUGUCCCCAUUUGCUAUGUGAAGAAAAUGCCUUGGGGCCUAUUAAUUGCUACUUAAAAUACAUAGUCGUGUUCUGUCUGUUUUUACAGAUGUCUUGCGUACAAACCUUUCUUUGUACCUGCUUAUAUGCAAGAUAUGAUUAGGAGCGACUUUCAAAUUUUCAGGCUUCAGCAUUGAAAUGUGUAGUAGGACAGUGAAUUUAGAUUUUCUUAAUGAAGGCACUGAGGAGAGGAAGGGGUCUGAACUUUGUGGAUACUGCAGGAUAAAAAAUAAACAUACAAAAUGGCAGAGAAACCCAUCCUAACAAUUGGCAAUGGUUGUGUUAUCUCUAGCCUAUUCAUCUGGUAUAUAUUGUAGCAUAAUUCUUUGAGGAGAACUCAAAGCUAACAGCAGAAAUGUUUAGAUUUUCAAGCUGUUUUGAGUGUUAAACAUAUUAGAUAUCUGAGGAGACAUUAGUUUGUGGCCUGAUAUUUAUUAUCACAAAUGAAGGCACACGCCCAAAAUAUCAAGUGGCAAAACCACAGAAGUUUGACAUAUGGUUAUCCCAGCUUCUGAAGGCUAGACAUCUGUAUAGCUGUUCAGCAAGAGCUGGCAUCUCAUUAGUGCAAUACAAAAAUAUACUACAAAAAUUUUGAAUCUAUGAAGCAGCAUAAUAGUCUAAUGUGACAUUGCUUUCUUUCUACAGCAUGCAGGUACUUUGUGUGUAAAAAUUACAUCAGGACCCUUAAAUGCACAGUCGUUCUCUUCUUUGGUAUCACCAGUCUCUGUCUGAGAUGAAACUUUUGGAAAAUAAUCUAGUUUUUCUUAGGAACUACGACAUCUUCGGGUGAUUAUUAAAAACUUAAAAAUAUUUUCAGAAUACUUCUGGAAUACUUGUGGGUUUCUGAGUUUUAUUUGUGCAUUUUUGAAGUAAUGUUUUGAUUAAAUCACGGAAGUGUCGCUUGUGUAUUUAAGAAAAAUGUGGAAUAUAUCGAUAUUGCUAAAAAUGUCUUGAGCUUCCAUUUCAUUUAAAGCGCAUAGCACUACUUUUUGCCUAAAAGUGGAGAGCAUUUCUUGCCUUUUAAGAAGCAUGAUACUCAGAUUUUUAUGUACAUUGGAUAGUUUUUUAAUUUUGAUAGUGUACCUUGCCUUUUGUUGUGCCAUAUGCAGAGGAACUCCUAGAAUAACUUAAAUUGAUAACCACCUCCAAAAGAGAAAUAUGCUGAGGACUCAAGGCAGGUGGGAGUGGUAUAUUUUAAUUUUGGACAUUUCAGCGGCUGAUUUAUUUCACAAGUGUUGUUUUAACUGACUAGCAAUUCAAAAGAAGAGCUAAACCCUGUUUGGCCCAGACACCUUCCAGUCUCCUCUUUCAGCUGUGGGAUCAGUUGCCCUUACCCGCCACCCUUCCCACUUUUUCAGUAACGUUCUUUCUUUUCAAUAGCUACCAAGAACAACCUUUAGCGGCUUUUCCCAGCCGUCAGAGUACUUGCUCUGUUUUGCCUACUCCCAUGAAUAUCUCUGCUUAAGCAAAGCUGUGCUGCUGCCCUUCAUUCCAGAGAGCAUGAAUCAUCUCAACUUUGUAUAUUUCUGUACCUAUCUAUAUAAAGCCAAUAAAGAUGGGGUGGUUCCAGUUUUGUUAGGCUUCAAGCCAACUCCAGACUAUGUAGAGUUUAAUAUUCUAUGGAUUGCAAAGCAACAGAGUUUUGUUUAAUAAGAGAAGGCAUAGGGUCAGCUCUUCCCCAUGUCUCUUAUCCUCUGGUCUAAUUUCUCUUCACAUUAACUGGGCUAACUUUUUUCAGCAAGGAAAGCAUGAGUUGGCCUAUGGAAAAAGAAAGACCAUCUACUCCCUGCUUUUCUUCCGCCUGCUGUUAGGGAAACACUUCAGGAGUGGUCGUGCGAUAUCCUUGUUGUGCCUAAUGCUACUGCACCUCAGUGUCUUUCUUCCCUGGUAAAACAUGGGGGGAAGAUCUCCCACUUCUGCAGCUGUGAGGCAGGUUCUUCUGGGUUCUCAAGUAGAGCAGAACAAAAGAGCUGGAAGCCGCUGCUUGGGGCCCCUGCCACUGCCUAGUGGAGAUAGGGCUUUUCUUUGUGUGUUUCAUUUUAAAGAGAGAAAUUAAUUGUUUGGAGGCCAUAAAAGUGUUUUGACUAUGAUGCUUCCAGAAAAAGGUGGUCUGUAAAGCCGCAUCUGUUCAGAGCUGGCUCAGUAGCUGUCUCCAGGGAGGAAGGCAGAAGUCAUCUGGCACGCAACACUGCACAACUUAAAAUGACAAACUCCUCAUUCUUAUGAAAUGAGUCCUGGCAUAGUUAAUAUCCACACAGAGCAAUCGUCAAUGUUGUUCACUUCCAGCCCCUGCAAAUUGCUCCAUGAUUUCUUCAAGACUUGCUGAGGUAAGGAGUAAGAGGGCCAGGAGAAGGCUUGAAGUAGUGAAGACUCUUAGUUAGGAUCUUGUUAAAUAGAUAGGAUCCUCGUGCUAAAUAAGACAUUAAAUUUAGACUCUAGGACCUCAGUGGCAGACACUAGAGACCAGAGAAGUUCUUGUUUAACAGAUGGUGGAAGACUCAAUUUCAUUUACUGUUUUUUCCAAAGCAGUGGCUUUUAACCUCUUGUCAGUAUGUAAACCUCAAAGGUCUGCCUCUGCAGAUCUAGCAGAUAAGGGCCUUUCCUUAAUUGUUCCUUCUCAGACUGACAGGGAGGGAUGGCUGAUAUUUCUUAGACAAAGCAUUUUGUUUUCAAAUGCAUCUUUUUAAUUGCUUUUCUGUCUUAGGGGACAUGUUGAAAUAAAACUACAGUCAAAGUGAAUAGCUUCAACACCAGAGAUGCUUGUGUUUGUGUAACGGCCUCAUCCUUUGAAGUGGUCUCCUCUUGUUUAAAUCUACGUGUUACAUCUGUUGGAUAUCAAAUUGUAAAAUGAAUUAAGACACUUGCGUCAAGCCUUCAGAUAUGACCUCAUGAGCACAAAUGGCUUCCAAGAGGCACUCUG